AGUCUUUCUGCUAGAUCUAUACUAGUAAGAAUACAAAUCUUAAUAUUUUACAAUUAAAAGGAUUACUCUUUAAAGUUUUUACCUUAAGGGAGACCUUAGAUUUUUAUACAAAGAGGCCUUUUUGCGUAAAUGUGUGAUCAGACUAAGGAAUAUAAAGAUAUAUGUUAUUGGAAAACUUACAACUAUAAAUUCCAUUUAAAUCCUUUAAUUAAAGAAUGCUGGAAUAAGUUAGAUUAUUUAAUAUAGUACAAAGCAUCAUCAGUAUAUCGACAUUUACAAAUAAAAGAAUUUGAAAUUAUUGCCAUCUUUAAACGAAAAGGGAAAUUUAUUAAAUUUGAUCAAGUCACAGCCUGUAAUAAAGAUAAGCGAAUAUGAAUAGCGAAGACGAAAUCGAACAUCAAGUUCGAAUUAUGGAAGAAGAAAGUAGACGUCUUCGUCAAGGUCGAAUUGCAAAAUUAGAAAAUUUAUUAAAAGAAUCUAACGCAGAAAAGGAUGAGCUAAAAUCUCGCUUUAACAAGCUCAAAAGUGAUUUCAAGUACAAUUUUAAACUGUUAGCCGAAAGAGAUACAGAAUUAGAGAGUUACGAAAUAAAAUUUCAUUCUUUUCAAAAGCAAUUAAUAGAAAAAGAAUCACUUAUAUCAGAACUAUCAACAAAGUUAGACAAGUUGUCAGAAGAAAAGCGAAAAGAGAACGAAAGACAUGAAAAUCUUUUCAGUUCAAGUACAAAGAGAUUAAAAGAUAGAGAAAUCGAGCUUCAAAAUCGCUAUCAGAGAGAAAUUAGUGAUUUAAGCGAAAAAUUGUUUGAAAAGGAAAAAGAAAAUUCUAACUUAACUUUACUUAUUGAGAGUUUAAAAAUUGACUUAGAAGGCACAAAGAGGGAUGUUUCACAGCAGUAUGAAGAUCUGCUAAGAGUUCAAACAACCGAAGAAUCAUCAAGGUAUCAAAGACUCGAAGAAGCUCACAGACAGAGUACAUUAAAAAUAGAAGUCCUUUCGAAAGAAAUGGAGCAAAUGCGAAUUCUUAAUGAUAAAUUAGCCAAAGAUAGAGACGAAGCUCAAACCAUUUCUAGACAAGUGCAAUGGAAAACUGAUGAUCUCUUAUCAUCAAAAGAUUUUCAAAUUAAAGAAAUUGAAAAUGCAUUGGAAAGGAUAAAAGCUGAAAAAUAUAAUGCAAUUGACUCAAUGGGUAAAAAGAAUUCAGAAUUGGAAAGAAGAGUUCAUGAAUUAGAAAAUAGCAUUAUUCAAUUAAAAGCUUCCAUGAAUAUGAAUCAAAAUGAAAAUAGUAGUACCGUCAGUCACCUUCGCGAUCAGAUACGACAUCAGGAUGAUAUUAUUAAAGAUUUAAGGGCGUUUGAAUGUAAAAACAAAUCUCUGGAAGAGCAUAUUUUACAAUUGAAAGCUGAAUUAUCUUCUGUUCAAGUGUCUAAUGAUAAAUUAAUGAAAAAUGUUGAAUCUUCUAAUAAAGCUUAUAAGAGAUUGGAGGCUCAAAAGACUCAAUUAGAACUGGACUUUGAACGCAAAGUUGAGAAAGUACAGAGCGAGCAUCGUGAAAGAAUUGAUGUUACUGUAGAAGAAGUUGGAAAAUCAAGGGAUUUAGCUAGAGCUCAAUUGAUUGAGUGUGAGAAAAAACUAGAAAAAGCUUUAACACGCUUAGAAAAUAAUCCAGAAGUUGAAGAUCUAACGAGGCAAAAUGUAACACUGAGAACAACAAUUACUCAAAUGAGAGAGCAAAUGGAAUUAGUCAAUAAUAAACCCAGUAAAGAAGUAGAUGAAGAAGAUGUACAAGGUGAACUUCCCGAAAUUGAAAAUGCUUAUAUUAAAGCCCAUAUAGGAGAGUUAAAUAGAUUAAUAACAAAACUAAGAAGUGAUAAAGUUGAAUUAUCUGCUCAAGUCAGAGCUAUGCAAGCUCGUAAUCACGCUCUAGAGAUGAGCGUUAACGACCAAGGAACAUCUAACGUUUCUGUACAGCAGUUGCGCUAUGAGCUAGUGGCAAAUGAAGACAAAUAUAAUACUCAGAUUUCAAGUUACAAGAAGAGGGUUGUUGAUUUAGAAGCAGCUUAUUCGGAAAGUGAUGCCAGAUGUAAAGAAUUAAAUAGGGUUCGGCUGCAGGUUGAGGAAGAAAAUUCGGCUCUUAGAAGACAAGUAUCUGACUUAAAGUUACGAAGCGCUCAAGCCCAUAAACAAAUUUCAUUCGGUGCUCAAGAACUUGUCAUACAACAACUAGAAAGCGAAUUAGCUAAUAGACCACUAGCCAACACUGAUGAUCAAAUAACAUUUUUAAAACACAAACUGAAAAAUGCAGCUUCAAAAAUAGAGCAAUUAUUAACUGAGAAAGAGCAACUAGUUGAUUUAAGCAACAGUCACAAAGCCGAAGUAGAGCGCCUCAAAGAAAAACUUUCUAUCCAAGACUUUGAUGAGCCACCAAUUAAGGAAGUGAAUACGUCGCCGAAAUCACCUAAAAUAGACAAACUUCAAAAGCUAGAAGAGCUUCAAUACGAAUUAACAAAACGUCAAUUGGCAGCCAACACCACAGGACAAGUUCCAAAACGAACCCAACGAGAUCAAGACAUGCAGCUAUUGAACACAAUGUCAUCGACAGGGCAGUCUUUGCAAGAUAUAUGGAAAUUACUAGACGUACCAGAACCCUCAGGCGCUUCUACACCAAAGAAAGAUUCCAAAGUUGACGGCCUACUAGUCAAAGCUAAGCACGCAGAUAUUCAACCUACACCUGCUGGUCUUUGGGCAAAAAAACGAAUAAGCAAUCCACGUCCAUCUCUUAAUAAAAGCAAACUGAAGGUUCGAAACUAUAAUGUUAAAGAUGAUAAGAAAGCAAAAACACUUUCUCAGUUGAACAAAUUACGGACAAAGUAA